CCGAUUCUAGCGGAACUUUCGCAGUCUGCGCAAGUCAACCAAUGACAAAAAAGAUUGUAUAAUCUGUUAGUUCUUCACCACUCAAAAAUUGAACAUUCCAAAGGCCGGUCUCCUCCUUCUCGGUGUUCUUUGUAUUCAAUCGCCGCACCACUAAAUAAACACAAAAAUGCUGUCUGCUGCUAGAUUGAUCGCCCCUGCAGCCAGGUCUGCUAUCUUCUGCAACACAGCUCUUGUGAGGCCACUUGCAGCAGUUCCCACACAGACACAAAUUGUGCCUGCUGUCCCCGCCCAAGUGUCAGCAGUGCGCAGCUUCCAGACCACAUCUGUCACAAAAGAUAUUGACUCUGCUGCCAAAUUUAUUGGUGCUGGUGCAGCAACAGUAGGAGUAGCUGGCUCCGGUGCGGGUAUCGGAACAGUGUUCGGUUCCCUUAUCAUUGGUUAUGCCAGGAACCCAUCCCUGAAGCAGCAGCUUUUCUCAUACGCCAUCUUGGGCUUUGCCCUGUCUGAGGCUAUGGGUCUCUUCUGUCUUAUGAUGGCGUUCUUGCUGCUCUUUGCUUUCUAAACAAGUUACUCUUAAGAACACUACUACUGCCAUCCUUAUGAGGUUUCUGUGAAUACAAUCUGGAGUGGACGUGGCAAGGAAUAGAAUGUGUGAAACCUCACCCUCAUAGUGGUGUAAGGACAUUUUUAUGUGUGAAUGUGUCACACCAGUGUGUCAUCAGGAAUGCAAUUUAUUUAAUUAUGUAGUAUAAAAAUCUGCAAAUAAAUCGUUGGACGUAAA